GCCCAGGAGGCCUACUCGGAGAUUCGCGAGUCGCUAACAACAUUCGCGGUUUCUUCGCCACGAGGAUAGGAAGCGCGCUACCGGACACAGGUUAACCCGAUGGCACUGCGCUCCCCCGUCCCCUCCGAAUCGCUCUAAGUAACCACGUCGCGCAAUCCGCUGUCUGCUUGCUGGUCUUUGGCCGCCAUGACGACGAUUCCGAUCAUAAACAUGGAGUUCGGGGAGCUGAAGGAGGUGGUGUGGACCAAGCUGCAAGAACCGCGCACCCAGCGGAAACUCAUCCUAGUAAUAGUGUCCAUCGCCCUGCUCCUGGAUAACAUGCUGUACAUGGUGAUAGUACCCAUCAUCCCCGACUAUCUGCGAUACAUAGGUGCCUACAACGACGAAGCUAUCCAACUUCCGGGAAACUCGACACUUCCACCAGGUACUCCGUACAAACACGACCACCACGGCCAGGACCAGGCUACCGGCAUCCUAUUCGCAUCCAAGGCGAUCGUCCAGCUCAUGGUCAACCCCUUCUCCGGGGCACUGAUCGACCGCAUCGGCUACGACAUCCCCAUGAUGAUCGGGCUCUGCAUCAUGUUCCUCUCGACGGCGGUGUUCGCGUGCGGCCGCAGCUACGGCCUCCUCUUCUUCGCGCGAAGUCUUCAAGGGGUCGGCUCGGCCUUCGCGGACACCUCGGGGCUGGCCAUGAUCGCAGAUCGCUUCACGGAGGAGGCCGAGCGUUCCAAGGCGCUCGGCAUAGCGCUGGCCUUCAUCAGUUUUGGCUGCCUGGUGGCGCCCCCUUUCGGGGGCGCGCUAUACCAGUUCGCGGGGAAAGAAGUGCCGUUCCUCAUUUUGGCGUUCGUGUCACUGAUGGACGGCUUCAUGCUGCUCUUGGUGAUGAAGCCUAUCAAGACCCAGUUGAAGGAGUCGGCGCUGGCCAAGCCCCCUUCGGUGCCCAUAUGGAGGCUCUUCAUGGACCCGUACAUCGCCGUGUGUUCUGGGGCGCUGAUGAUGUCCAACGUGGCCUUGGCGUUCUUAGAGCCGACGAUCUCCUUGUGGAUGGAAGACAACCUUACUACCGACAACUGGAAGAUUGGGAUGAUCUGGUUACCGGCGUUCUUCCCGCACGUCUUAGGCGUCAUUUUGACGGUGAAGAUGGCGAAGAAGUACCCCCAUUAUCAGUGGUUGAUGGCGGCGGGGGGACUCGCGUUGGAGGGGCUCUGCUGUUUCAUCAUCCCCUUCGCCAACUCCUACAAACUUCUCAUGAUCCCGAUCUGCGGUAUCUGCUUCGGCAUCGCCCUCAUAGAUACCGCCCUUUUGCCUACCCUUGGUUACCUGGUGGACGUGCGAUACGUUUCGAUCUACGGCAGCAUCUACGCCAUCGCCGACAUUUCAUACUCGGUUGCGUACGCUGUGGGACCUAUCAUAGCCGGAGGCGUGGUGGAGGCAAUAGGUUUCACGGCCCUCAAUGUUGGCAUCGCUUUCUCCAACCUCUUGUACGCUCCAGUAUUAAUGUACCUCAAGCACAUCUACGAUUUCAAACCGUUCGAAAACGAGGCAAACAUCCUCAUGUCCGAUCCACCCAACAAAGAGUACCAGACGUACUCCAUGCAAGAGCAAAAACCCGUUUCUGGAGAAAUACAAAACCAUCUAGAAUACAAACAACAAGAAACUAAUUUCGACGCUAACGGUACCUACCAGCAGCAAGGGUACGCCCAACAGUCGUACCAACAGAACUACCAGCAAGAAGUACCGUCUUACCAACAGCCGCAACCGCCACCUAGGCCUCCAAGUUGGAACCAGCAGCAACCGGAACCGUCAAAUCCGAAUCCGUUUCGACCGGCUGAAGCAGGGCGAAAUCCUUUUAGGCAAGGUUUCUAAGCUCUCUGUGUAUAUUGUAUAUUUGUGUAAGUGUCCCUGGGUGUUAAUUAUUCAUAUGUGUACAUAUCACACCAAAUGUUCCUCAAUUGUACAUAUCGGCUGACCUCACACAGCACCGGUGUUUAGUUGUUCUGGAAACCCCUAGUCUACAACAGCAACUUGUAAAGUCACUAUACUCCACAAUUUCAAAAACAGGUAUAUUCAAGCAUAGCAGGCCAUUUUCUACUUGUGAGUAGUGCAAGUUGUAGAUUUCAUUCUAGUAAUAGUCUUGUCAUUGUGUUUUAUCCGUUGGUUCGUAGGAUAGGGUUUUCGUUCUGUUUGAGAUUGUUUCAGAAUUUUUAUAAUUAUAUCAACUAAGAUCACAUACAUAUCAGAAUCGAAGGAUUCGCUUGUUAUAUCGUGAUAGGUCGAAAUUUUGGCCACUUAACUUUAGACUAGAGUAGGUUAGGUUAGUUUAUGAUAAGUCACUAAGUAGCCCGCAUCACACCCCCGUCUCCUCUACCAUUUAUAUAUUAUUCAAGUUGGAUUUUAUUGGUAUAGCUCUCGACUCGAUAGUGUCAAUUCCCUUGUGUAUAGCGUAUAUGUGCAAAAUGAUCAAAGUGUUAUUUUGCCGUUAGUAUAAAUACGUUCGGGAACCAGAAAAAUUGCUCAGCUAUGUAGAUAUUCAAAUAUAUGUAAAUUUAACCCCGAAUCUUUAACCUAAAAAUGAUGUUGAAUCGACCCUUUUGACAAACAUAUUUUUGGUUGACGGCAACUAUAUAUAAUGUGGACUUGAGGUAAAAGUAAAUCGACUAUGAUGAGUACUUAAAAAAAAUGGCUUCGUACCGACAUAGUAGAUUUAAUUAUGGUCACUUCGCUUGUAGUCUGGACUAAAUACAGUUGAAAAAAACCCGCUUGUGGAAUUUUACAUCUUGUAUUUGGUUCGAACUCGUGUCGAAUGGUUUUUUCUUACUAUUAAAAUUAACUAAUAAAUUUAUUCCAAUUUAAAUAACAAGGAGAACUAAUAAAUAAAAUCCAAUAAAUAUAUGUUCAUAAAAUAAUGAUACUAGACUAUACUUGGUUAAAAUUAAACUUUCUAAAACUGCUUGUAGUUGUCGUAUGUAAGUAUGUAACUAGUAAAGCAAUAAAAGUCAUAGAAGCCUUUUAAGUUGACCAAAUAGCGCGGAUUUACUUACCUACAUCGAAAGAUUAUUAGGUGUAUCUCUGUAAAGGUGCCUGUGAAUAAUACUAUAUAAACUGUAAUUAUUUGAGCUUAUCGUUCUACUUUGCGUGCGUACCCUUCCAAGUCAACGAGAUCGACUCUAGAUCUCGUUGUGUUGGAACGAGUGUUAAAAUUGACUGCAGCUUCUUCCAUAUCCCUUUAAGUGCCAACGAGGGCGACAAAGUACGAUCCUCUCGUUGACCAGCUUUAAAAUAAUGUACUUCGUAGAGUUUUGGAUAUUUUGACAUUCUCUCAUUGUUUUGUAAAGUACUGAUAGUCUAAACUGUUACUGAUUGGAAAGAAUGCAUGUGAAUAGAUUCUAGUAUAGGAAAUAUUUUACUGCAGUAACAUAAUAUAGUCGUAUUGUUUCAGUGUAUAAAAUCUAUAAUUUCAAACUGUGUAAAGGGUGCUGUUUAAUGAUAAUUAUUGUUGUUGUGAGCACCAUAGGCUCUAACUGAUUCUAACAUUGAAAAUGUUUAUUUUGAAAGUUUCUCUUAGACUCUAGACUUGAAGUAGAUAGUUCUAAUAUGUUGUUUAUAGGACCAGUUGCAGCCUUCCGACAUCUAAGGAGCAAUCACAUGUACUGACCGUUUAUCGAUAUCUGAGUGGGUCUAUUAAACUAAUUGUUAUUGA